ACCGUGCGGGGCGGGGCGGGCAAGGAGCUUGCACGCUGCGUGGGGCGCGCGCCGCUUUUGUUGUUUUCUCUGUCUUCGCUGUGCGUCAUGGCGUGGCGGGCUUCUGAGCACACCGCUGGGGUCCCCAGAGCCCCUGGCCUCGGGAGGUGCCACGGCUCUUCCGCGUCCGAGGACCCCAUGCAGGUCCCAAGCCUGGCCAAGAACGCUUCGGCUGCCAAGGACCCGGUCCUCCCAAGGAACGUGCUCAGCGAGAGGGAGCGCAGAAAGCGGAUCUCAGCGAGCUGUGAGCGCCUUCGGGCCCUGCUGCCCAGCUUUGACGGCCGGAGGGAGGACAUGGCAUCUGUUCUGGAGAUGGCCGUGCAGUUCCUGAGGCUGGCGCACAGCCUGGGGCCCGGCUGGGAGCAGCACCGCGUGCCCGCUCCAUCGAGGGCCACGUGGCACACGUGGCAGGGGGACGUUAUGCAGUGGACCCUGACGAGCCAGGUUUCAGCAGGCGGGUCAGACCCCGGGACAGUGGCAUCCGGCCUGACUCCGCAGCAAGACCCGCUGGGCUGUCCGGCCCGGGGUGUAGGCGAGAGCAUGGCCCCCGCCGGGUUGUCAGAGCGGCUGGACGGGCUGCCCAGCCUACCUGCAGCGUGGGCUUCUGGGGAGUGCCAAGGCUGUGGGCUGCAGCAGGAAGGAGGGCUGACUGUGUUCCCCUCAGGGCCCUCCAGCCUAGGCGCCCGGGCCCCCUGGCCUUCCUGCACUUGGCAGCCGAGCUCCUCCAAGACAAACGAAGAAGCCGCCAGCAGGCCAGGCCAGGCUGGGCCCCUGGACAGGGCCGCUACUUCCCCAGCCCGGCUGGCCAGGGAGGUGGCCCUGAUGCCUGCCCUGGACAUUAGGUCUGUAUCUGGGCUGGAUGUGGAGGUUGGGGAGUGCUUCCCGCUGAGUGCCAGUCCCGAGUGGUGGCCGGGGCCCGUGGAGGCCAGAGGAGCCACCCCAUCUGGGGCCCCAGCCAGGAGCAGCCCCGUGGACAGGGCAGAGCCGGGCUUCCUGGACGACCCUGUGCCCAGCCCCCAGGAGCCCCAGGAUGGCCCCCUGGAGCUGUGGGGCUCAGACAUGGACAGCUGGGGCCUGGACCUGCAGGAUGACAGCGUGGACGGCAUCUUUGCUGACUUCCUGGGCUGCUAGCGGGUGGCACAGCAGCAGCAGCACCCAUCACACAUGUGGGGGACUUCGUUCAGUUUAGGGUCGCAGCUGUGGUCCUAAUUUGAGCAAGGCUGGCAGCCACGUGAGUGGUGCUGGAUAUUAAAGAGGGAAACUGCCUUUCCUGGAGGAAGCA